AUGUCGAGUGAAGGUGUUCAGCCCACCAAGGAGUUGGUUGUUGACGAUAAUGUAGAGGGCGAGAAGGCGCCCAGCGAUGAAGAAGAAGGUGAAGAUGUUUUCGACUCAUCAGAGGAAGACGAGGAUCUCGACGAAGAUGAAGAAGAAGCCAAAAAGGUGCGCGAAGGAUUCAUUGUUGACGACGAUGAAGAGGGUCGUGCUUCUGCCGGAAGGAAAAGAGGUAAGAAACACAAGAGAAGACCUAGAGAGGACGAAGACGACAAACUCUCAGAAGACGAUCUCGACCUGCUAAUGGAAAAUGCGGGCGUGAAAAGACCAGUCAGCACAGAUUCAAAUAAAGCCAAACUUAAAAGACUUAAGAGAGCCGGUGAUAAUGGCAGCGAAGAACCCAGCGAUUCAACAGCUCAAGGCGCUACUACCGCCUCCAGAUUUGACGAUUUUUUCUCUGAGGACGAAGACGAAGUGCCCGAAAAAGAACAACCUGCAAUGGGCGACGAAGCAGCUCCUUCAAGCAGGAGAAGUGCAGAUGUGGGAACCAUUGAUGAGCUGGACGAUUUUAUCGAGGAAGACGAAUUUUCUGACGAAGAUGAGGAAAGCCGGCAGCAGCGCCUAGAAGAGCGUAAGAUGAUCCGCGAACAGAGAAUGAAUCAACCUGUUCAAAUUACCGGUCUUUCUUCGGAAAAAAUUGACGAAAUGUAUGACAUUUUUGGGGACGGCCACGACUAUGAUUGGGCCCUGGAAGUCGAAAACGAAGAUUUUGAUCAAGCUGAAGGUGGUGACGGAGCUGCAGGUAAUGAUGAAUUUGAUGCUGCAGGCUCCCACGAGUCAAGGAAACCAAAAAUUACUCUGCAAGAUAUUUACGAUCUCCAAGAUCUAAGGAAAAAUCUCUUAACAGAAGAGGAUAUGGUUAUAAGAAGGGCUGAUAUACCUGAAAGAUAUCAAGAGCUUAGAGCAGGCCUAAAAAACUAUGGGGAGCUGGGCACUGAGGAUCGAGAGCUCGAGAAAAACUGGGUAAGCGAUAAGCUAUGCAUUGAUAAGAACUUUGAGCCUGACUACGAUCUUUCUGAAUUCAAAGAGGCUGUCGGUAAUGCCAUCAAGUUCGUGAGCAAAGACAACAUGGAGGUACCCUUCAUUUAUGCUUAUCGCCGUAACUAUAUCUCCUCCAAAGAGAAAGACGGGUUUGUGUUAAAUGAGGAUGAUUUAUGGGAAAUUGUUUAUAUGGAUUCCGAAUUUCACAGCAUCAUUUACAAGAGAGACUACGUCAAGAAUUUCUACAAGCAGUUGGGCAUCCAGGACGCAAUUGUCGACGAGUACUUUAGAAGCCAAGCUUCGUCAAUGACCGAACUGACUUCCUUGCAGGACAUUUACAACUAUCUUGAAUUCAAGUUUGCCCAUGAAAUAAACGAAGCUUUGCUCAGUCAAAGCAAUGGAUCAACGAAGAAGCAUAUGAAAAACUCAAGUUACGAGAGAUUCAAGUCAAGUCCUCUGUACGAUGCCGUGAAAGAGAUCGGAAUAACAUCUGACCAGGUGGGCGAAAAUAUUCACUCGGAACACCAAAUCCACCCUGUAAUAGAUCAUCCAGAUUUGAAACCUCAACAAGUGAUUGCGAAGAUCAUGGCGGAUUCGAGCGCAGAUCUUCAAGUUUUCACGACUAAUCACAAACUUGCUCUCGAGACUGUCCAAAAAUACUACUCGCUAGAGAUUGCGAACAAUCCAAAGGUAAGGGAAAAGGUAAGAGCCGACUUUUACAAAUACUACAUCGCCGACGUCGUCCUAUCAGUGAAGGGCAAGAAGGAAAUACAGCGCGGCUCGCCUUAUGAAGAUAUCAAAUAUGCGAUAAACCGCACACCAGCUCAUUUCAGGAAAGAACCCGAAGUGUUCUUGAGAAUGCUGGAAGCUGAGUCGCUGCACCUCAUGACAGUCAAAAUUCAUAUGUCUUCACAGGCCCAGUACUGUGAUCAUUUGUUUCAAACAGCGCUUGACACUACCAACACCUCUGAAAUUGCUACCGAGUGGAACAGUUUCCGUAGAGGUGCUUUCCUCUCAGCUCUAGACAAAAUAUUUUUAGAGAUCAGUCAAGAGAUCAAAGAUGACUUGAGAAAGUCAUGUCAGAAGCUGGUUUCCAAGGCGGUUCGUCACAAGUUCAUGACCAAGCUCGACCAGGCACCAUAUAUUCCCAACCCGCGUGAUCCUAAGAUUCCAAGAGUUCUUGCCGUCACCUGUGGUCAGGGUCGUUUCGGCUCUGACGCUAUCAUUGCGGUUUACGUCAACAGGAAAUCUGAUUACGUUCGUGACUACAAAAUCGUUGUCAACCCGUUCGACAGAAAUAAUCCAGAGAAGUUCGAGGAGACUUUGGAUAGUAUAAUACAGGCCUGUCAACCCAAUGUCAUUGCUAUAAAUGGGCCAAAUCCUAAGACUCAACGGCUGGUACGGAAGAUUCAAGAAGUUAUACAAAAGAAGCAGAUCGUGGAUAACAGGGGGCAUAAUAUACCUGUGAUUUACGUUGAAGAUGAACUUGCGACACGCUACCAAAGCUCCGAGAGGGGAAUAGCAGAGUUCCCAAACAAGCCCUCCUUGGUGAAGUACUGUAUUGCUUUGGGUAGAUACGUACACUCUCCUCUUUUGGAGUACGUUAAUUUGUCCUCUGAUGAGUUGAUGUCGUUGUCAAUUCACCCCAGUCAAUCUCUGUUGACUAAAGAUAACUUUUUGAAAGCUCUCGAAACCUCCUUCGUUGAUCUAAUCAAUUUAGUCGGAGUUGAGGUAAACAAGGCCACGGAUAAUGGGUAUUAUGCGCGUUGUUUGCAGUACAUUUCCGGUCUAGGCAAACGUAAAGCCACAGAUUUCUUAGAGUCUUUGCAAAGACUGAACGAGCCGCUUUUGGCUCGCCAGCAAUUAAUCACUCACAACAUUUUGCAUAAGACAAUAUUCAUGAACUCCGCUGGAUUCCUCUACAUUUCAUGGAAUCAGAAGAACCAGAGAUAUGAAGAUCUGCAGCACGAUCAACUAGACAGCACAAGAAUUCAUCCAGAAGAUUAUCACUUGGCGACCAAAGUUGCCGCUGACGCGCUGGAGUAUGACCCUGACGCCAUCGCUGAAAAGGAAGAACAAGGCGCCAUGAGCGAAUUCAUUGAAAUUCUGAGAGAUGACCCUGAUUGCAAGGCCAAGCUUGAAUCGCUCAACUUGGAUGCUUAUGCUGAAGAGCUGGAGAAAAACACCGGCCAGAAGAAGCUCAACAGUUUGAACACCAUUGUACUAGAGUUGCUCAAUGGCUUCGAGGAAUUGAGAAACGAUUUCCGUCCGCUACAUGGUGAAGAAGUUUUCACUGCUUUGACUGGAGAGACGGACAAGACGUUUUUCAAAGGCUGCAUUGUGCCUGUCAAAGUUGAGCGCUUCAGACACAGCGAUAUCAUUUGUGCUACAAAUUCGUUGGUGGAAUGCAUCGUGAAUGCACAACGCCACUUGGGUGCACAACUGAAAAGACCCGCGUCGGAACUGUACGAAAUUGGUAUGACCUAUCCGGCCAAGGUAAUUUUCAUCGAUUACGAAAACAUCAGCGCUGAGGUGUCAUUGUUAGAGCAUGAUGUCAAACACCAGUUUGUGCCUGUUCAUUACAGUAAGGACCCUUCUGUUUGGGAUCUCAAGCAGGAGCUCGAGGAUGCAGAGGAGGAGAAAAAGAUUGCUAUGCGUGAAGCUCGUGCGAAAAGAACACACAGAGUUAUCAAUCACCCUUACUAUUUCCCAUUUAACGGUAAACAGGCCGAGGAUUAUCUAAGAAGCAAAGAGCGUGGUGAUUUUGUUAUUAGACAGUCGUCGCGCGGUGACGAUCACUUAUCGAUUACCUGGAAGCUGGACAAGGACCUGUUUCAGCAUAUCGAUAUAGUGGAGCAAGAAAAAGAAAAUCCAUUGGCUUUGGGUCGUAUUUUGCUGGUGGAAGGUCAAAGAUACCACGACCUGGAUCAAAUAGUGGUGGAGUACCUGCAAAACAAAGUGAGACUAUUGAAUGAGAUUACAUCUAAUGAAAAGUUCAAACGAGGCACAAAGAGAGAGGUGACCAAGUUCAUUGAAGACUACUCUAAAGUGAAUCCCAACAGAUCCGUGUACUAUUUCAGCUUCAACUAUGAGAACCCAGGCUGGUUUUUCUUGAUGUUCAAGAUCAAUGCUCAGAGUAAGCUUUACACUUGGAAUGUGAGACUGACCCAUACAGGGUUCUUCUUGGUCAACUAUAACUACCCAACCGUUAUUCAGCUCUGCAAUGGUUUCAAAACCUUACUGAAAACCAGCAACAGAACCCAAAGACCUGGAGGUGCCGUUGACAAUGCUCCAACAGCAACAGCAGGCGCUGCGGGUGGUUAUUAUGGAUACUGA